CAGGUUUUCUCCGCAGCUGGGAGGGGCCGGAGCCAUCGGCGGCCCAGCGGACCCCGGAAACUGCGGCCAGGCCACCGGAGGGGCCGCAGCCAACUCUGCCCGGCUUUCAUUUCCCGGCCGCGUUCAAAGGGAGCGGGGCGGAGCUGGGGCCAUCCCGGUAGGGUGGAGCCCGGCGCCGGAGGCACUUCACUCCAUGGCUUCUCCCGUGUCCUCCGGGGAAUGGAAGCCCGCGCCCCUCUAGGAGGGGGAACCACACUCUCCCCGAGGAAAUCCUGGGCGGCCCCUCUCCCUGGCGGCCCGGACCGCUCGUUCUUACGCCAGCCGCAGCCAGGACGGCCUGAACUGUCACCGAGAUGGCCACUAAUAACCAGCGCCCUCCCAGCGGGCCCCCGGACGGCCCUGAAAACGGGCGUCCCUCAGCAUCCGUCUCCCAGAGGCGCUGGCCUCGCCGCCCAGACAGUUCGGAACCUCCGCCUGGCUGCCCCCCGCCGGGCCCGGCGCCUCCUCCUCCGGAAAGCUCCCUCCACUACAGCCAGCCGUCCCGUGUUGGACGCCGGCCCGUCCUCCGGUGGUGGGCUGGCGGAGUCGGGGUAGUAACCCUGAGGCUAGCCCUCCGUCCGGGUCCGGGCUUCCGAAAGGCCAUGCGCCGCCUUUUCAGGGCCCGCCCUCCGCCCCUCAGGCGGGCACGCCGGAGCCCCUCCACCUGCAGAAACACGCCCACCCUCCCGCUCAGACUUGCGGGCCACCCGGGGGUUGGGGGAGGGAGGUGCUGCGCAUGCCCGGCGGGGAGGGCGGGGCGCACGGGCUGCGCGUCGGGGCGGGCGCCGUUCCGGCCGCCUCAGCGCCUCCGCUGCCUGCCCGCCCGGAGCCGCGUCCGCUGCAGGCCGCGCCCGCCGCCGCCCUGCCCCGCCCCACCCCGCCCCCAGUCGCUCGUCCCCGCCGCGGCCGCGCCGCUUGCAGCAGCAGCAGCGGCAGCACCAGCUGCUCCUCCCCGGCGGCCGACCCCCGCGGGUCCCUACCCGGCUGCGGGAGAAACCGAGAUAGAGGAAGGAUACAGCGCCGUGCCGCCCGCCCGGGAAACCUCCGCCUCGCCCUCCCGGCGCUCCAAAGCGACCUCCCGGCGCUUCGCCUCGCCCUCCCGGCUCUCCACCCUCGGGAGCAACAUGGCAGAUAAUCUCAGUGAUACCUUGAAGAAGCUGAAGAUAACAGCUGUUGACAGAACUGAGGAUAGUUUAGAAGGAUGCUUGGAUUGUCUGCUUCAAGCCCUGACUCAAAAUAAUAUGGAAACAAGUGAAAAAAUCCAAGGAAGUGGGAUACUUCAAUUGUUUUCAAGCCUGUUGAUUCCACAGUCUUCCUGUACAGCCAAAGUAGCUAACAUCAUAGCUGAAGUAGCCAAAAAUGAGUUUAUGCGAAUUCCGUGUGUGGAUGCUGGAUUGAUUUCACCACUGGUGCAGCUACUAAAUAGCAAAGACCAGGAAGUGCUGCUUCAAACGGGCAGGGCUCUAGGAAACAUAUGUUAUGAUAGCCAUGAGGGCAGAAAUGCAGUUGACCAAGCAGGUGGUGCACAGAUUGUAAUUGACCAUUUAAGGUCACUGUGCAGUAUAACAGAUCCCGCCAAUGAGAAGCUCUUGACUGUCUUUUGUGGCAUGCUGAUGAACUAUAGCAAUGAGAAUGAUUCCCUUCAGGCCCAGCUUAUCAAUAUGGGUGUUAUUCCUACCUUAGUGACAUUACUGGGCAUCCACUACCAAAAUGCAGCUCUUACAGAAAUGUGUCUCAUAGCAUUUGGCAACUUAGCCGAACUUGAGUCCAGUAAAGAACAGUUUGCCAGUACAAACAUUGCUGAAGAGAUGGUAAAACUGUUCAAGAAACAAAUAGAACAUGAUAAGAGGGAAAUGAUUUUUGAAGUUCUUGCUCCUUUGGCAGAAAAUGAUGCUAUUAAACUACAGCUGGUUGAAGCAGGCUUGGUAGAAUGUCUACUAGAGAUUGUUCAGCAGAAAGUGGAUAGUGACAAAGAGGAUGAUGUUGCUGAGCUCAAAACUGCUUCAGAUCUAAUGGUUUUAUUACUUCUUGGAGAUGAAUCCAUGCAGAAAUUAUUUGAAGGAGGAAAAGGUAAUGUGUUUCAAAGGGUGUUGUCCUGGAUUCCAUCAAAUAACCACCAGCUGCAGCUUGCUGGAGCGUUGGCGAUUGCAAAUUUUGCCAGAAAUGAUGGAAAUUGUAUCCAUAUGGUAGACAAUGGAAUUGUAGAGAAACUUAUGGAUUUACUGGACAGACAUGUAGAAGAUGGAAAUGUAACAGUACAGCAUGCAGCACUAAGUGCCCUCAGAAACCUGGCCAUUCCAGUUGUAAAUAAAGCAAAGAUGUUAUCAGCUGGGGUCACAGAGGCAGUUUUGAAAUUCCUUAAAUCUGAAAUGCCCCCGGUUCAGUUCAAACUUCUGGGGACAUUAAGAAUGUUAAUAGAUGCACAAGCAGAAGCUGCUGAGCAACUAGGAAAGAAUAUUAAGUUAGUGGAGCGUUUGGUGGAAUGGUGUGAAGCCAAAGACCAUGCUGGUGUGAUGGGAGAGUCAAACAGACUGCUCUCUGCCCUCAUACGACACAGUAAAUCAAAAGAUGUAAUUAAAACCAUUGUACAGAGUGGUGGCAUCAAGCAUCUAGUUACCAUGGCAACUAGUGAACAUGUAAUAAUGCAGAAUGAAGCCCUUGUUGCUUUGGCACUAAUAGCAGCUUUAGAAUUGGACACUGCUGAGAAAGAUCUAGAAAGUGCUAAACUUGUACAGAUUUUACACAAACUGCUAGCAGAUGAGAGAAGUGCUCCUGAAAUAAAAUAUAAUUCCAUGGUUCUGAUCUGUGCUCUCAUGGGAUCUGAAUCUCUACACAAGGAAGUACAGGAUUUGGCCUUUCUAGAUGUUGUAUCCAAACUUCGCAGUCAUGAGAACAAAAGUGUUGCCCAACAGGCCUCUCUCACAGAGCAGAGACUUACUGUGGAGAGCUGAGAACUGCCCCUCCCUGAUACAUGGCAUCAUCCCAUCUCUGGUUUCCCCUUUGUCCUCCAUCCAGGUGCCUCUUCUGCUUCAUUCUCUUCCAUAUCACUUGUGCAUGCGUGUAAUGUUUCAAUACCAAUUGAAGAACUCUGUAGGUACCUGCCUAAUAAGAUUUCUAAACCCAGUUAGUGUGAACAUGAAAUUGUCAAAAACAAGUCUCCACCCAUAACUGUUCUUUUGUAUUCCUGUUGCUUGAGCUACAUUAAGUAGAAUGUGCAUGUUGUAGUCCUAUGAUGAUGUUAACUUGGUACUACAUAAUGACUUGCUCCUCACACUUGGUAAACUACAUAAUAAUGUACUGGUAAAUUAGCAAGAAACAAGAAUGCAGCAGAAUCUGUCUAGCUUAUUAAAGAUGAUAUUGAAUAGUAAAAAUAGCUCCAUUUUUUGGUGCUUGGUAAGCACAGUGACCAAAAAACUGUAUGGCUGUUCAUUCAUUAGUCUUACCUACUAAUGUCAAACUCCUGGUACCUAGAGUUAAAUAAAAUCCAAUGCUCUUACUCUUUACACUAUGGUUUCUCCUUCUUCCUAACUAUGUAGACUCUUGAAACUGCCACAAACUUGGCAGAACUUCCUGGGGUUUUUAAUUUCAUGUUUAAUUGGCUGUCAUCAAUAACCUGAUGUUGAAAACAUUUGUGGUUUUCAGUAUGAAACUACGGGGUUGAAGACUCCCUUUUACACUAGUACAUCUUGGAUUUUUGGCUGUAUUUUAGAUUCUUAUAUAUAUACAGUUUCACCUUAGAACUUUUUCUUCAACUAAUCAGGGUUGUCCAACACUUAUCUAUAAAAGUCACUUUGGCAUUUGUUUUCAACUAAGGAAACAAAUAUAGCUCAUUGGAGACUGGAUAUUUUUCCCUGUUUUUCAUCAUUUAGCUCAAAAGCAAGAGGUUUCCUCUCAGAGUCUUUUAAAAUCAUAUUAGAACUAGCAGGACAUAGGAAAACAUUAAGAAAUCUUUGUCUAGAUUAAAGAAAGGAAACAGGUUAUAAAGCCAUAUAGCCAGUACAGUUCAUCCUGCAGAUGGUCUCAUACCAGUAGCUGUUAGAGUCCCCACCUCCACUUCUUACAGGGAACUGCAGAUUUUAAAGGCUCUCUCAGAAAAGGUGACAGCUCCAGGACCCAGGAAAGGAGAAGACCUCCUUGGAGAACCAUAAUGUACUCUUCACUGCCACUACCACCACCAAAUGGAUUUUUAGAGCUUUGAAACAGUCUUUGUAAGUUAAUCAAAGCAUCCCUGUGACAUACCUGCCUUCUCCCUGUGCCCAAGUUUGACGAACAGUGGCUGAGAGGUAGAAUAGGCUGCAUUGUGGAAGGACUGCAGGACAGAUGGGCAGCCAGGGUAGAGGCUCCUUCCCCCACAUGAGAUGGUGUACAUCUCUAGGCGAUCAAAGUUGGACUUUGGACUCUGAAACAGCUAUAAUUCAAGAAAGUUAAAACCCCAGUGGAGGUAAAGAACCCUUUGACUAAUUAUUCUCUUGAUACCCAAGAAAGGGACUGCUGUAUGUACACUUACUGCAAGAAGGAUCUUGUUUACUAUCUUCUUCUGGACUGGAUAGUUAACUAUAUUUUAUGAUAGUUUUGAAAGACAUCUGUAAUGUAAAGACUGUCCAUAUUAAUAACUAAAUAAAUAAAUUGUAUAUCAAACCAUAA